GAAUUUGAUGACAUUCAAAACCGAGAAACCUCCUCAAUGCCCUUUACGAACCCAAUAAUAGAAAUGUUGAAACUAUUCAAUUUGUACUUGAAACAAUUAUAAUUAAUCAACGCCAACAGUGUUUCUAGGUCGCUGCCAAAUAAUGUAUUCAGCUAGAUAUUAACGCUCUGCUAAUCAAUAAGGAAGAAAGUGAAAUUUUGAAUGCAACAAAAAAUGAGAGUGAAACCAGACCAGAUUCAAAUUUCAAAUCGGCACGAAUACCGCUUCCAGCUGCUAUUCUAAAAUUAAUUCGUGCCCAGAGGCGUGAUACGUCCCUCAGAAGUUUGCAUAACAUUGAAUCUGAAUUAUAAAUGGUUGGAGUAUAAUAAUUAUCUUAUUGAAUAAAUUGAGUGUUGUUUUCAAAGGGGUUCUUUGAGGAUGGCCAGUUUCACUGCUCAGGCUGCUCUCAGAGCUAAGUGGAGUUCACUUGUUGAAGAGCACAGUAUAGAGGUGCCCCCUGAAGUUACCAGCAAGGUUACCAGUGUGGUUGGGUGGCUCAAACAGGCCUCGCUGGAGGUGCGCGCGGCCGGUCGAAGGGCAGUCCACACGCUGUCGGGCGGUGCGACCGCCCAGCACCUCGUCAUCCUGCACUUCAACGACGUGUACAACGUGGAGCCGCGGCAGGCGCCCGAACCGGUGGGCGGUGCAGCCCGCUUCUGCGCCGCCCUCAAGGGCUACCAGCACCUGCACCCGCUCGUGCUGUUCAGCGGGGACGCCUUCUCGCCCAGCAUGCUGAGUACUUUUACAAAAGGUGAACAAAUGGUUCCAGUUCUCAACGAUUGUGGUACCCAUUGUGCGGUUCUUGGCAACCAUGACUUUGACCACGGCCUCGAAGUUCUCUCGCAAUGGGUCGCCCAGACGGACUUCCCCUGGCUGAUGUCGAACGUGCUGGACAACGAGACGGGCCGCCCGUUGGGCGAGGGCCGCAUCACGCACGUCGUUCAUUGGGCAGGCAGGCGCGUCGGCCUGCUCGGAUUGGUCGAGAAGGAGUGGCUCGACACGCUGGCGACGGUGAAUCCCGAGGAGACGACGUUCCUGGACUUCGUCGAGGCCGGGCAGAAGCUGGCCGCCCAAUUGAAGCAGGAGGGUUGCGACUACGUGAUAGCCCUGACGCACAUGCGCACGCCCAACGACAUCAAGCUGGCAGAGAGUUGCGAAGAUAUCGAUCUCAUCUUGGGAGGGCACGACCACGUCUACGAAAUUAAGCAGGUUAACGGCAGGUAUAUAGUGAAGAGUGGCACGGACUUCAGGCAGUUCAGCAAGAUCACGGUGAACUUCGACAAGACCAGCGGCAGUUGUCCCGAAGUGACCAUCGAAGAGGUCAACGUCACGUCGAAGAUACCCGAAGAUCCCUCGUUGAAGGAGAAGCUGGAGAAGUAUACAUCGAUGAUCGAGGGAAAAAUGGACGAGGUUUUAGGUUGUUUUUCUGUACCACUAGAUGGCCGAUUCACGUCCAUUCGAACUUCAGAAUCGAAUUUAGGGAACUGGGUGUGCGACGUAGUAUUGGCCGCUACCGGUGCCGAUCUAGUUAUUUUAAACUCUGGCACAUUUCGGUCGGAUCAAGUUCAUCCCGCUGGAGAUUUCACCAUGAGAGACCUCACCAAUAUCAUACCGAUGCACGAUCCCUUGGUAGUCCUCAAAGUCACAGGUCAGACGAUACUGGAAACGCUGGAGAACUCCGUGUCGAUGUACCCGAAGCUGGAGGGACGCUUCCCGCAAGUGGCCGGCGUGAGCUUCGCCUUCCAUCCCGGAAAACCGCCGGGGAAGCGGGUCGACGUGAAUUUCAUCCGGAUCGGCGACGAGUACAUCAAGCUCGAUCAGUAUUACAGGCUCGCGACCAAGAGCUACCUGCAUGCGGGCUGCGACGGUUACGUGAUGCUGAAGGAUGCCGAGGUCUUGGUUAAUGAAGGGGAAUGCCCAGAACUAGGCUUGACAGUCCAGAACCACUUCACUGCUAUCAACAUCAGGCUAGGCAAAUCCAAAAAACAUUCCAAACAUAGACAAUCUCUUGUCACUCUAUCCAGAAGGCACAGUCUGGUGAAGAUGUUGGACAACAACGACCUGGACGGGCCGCCGCCCCUGCGCAGGGCUAGCACCGUCGACGCGUCGACGGCCACGCCCCUCGCGCACCACACGUCGAAGUUGACGCGCCGCGCCUCGCUGGACGACCUCGAGCAGGAGUCCUGCCAGCUGACGCCGCGCAUCGACCACCGGAUCGUCGUCAUCAGCAGCGAAGAGAAAAGGCAAGAGCUGGUCUUCCAGCGUCAAAGAAUAGAACAUAACUCCAUAAUCGAAGAAGUAGACGACGAGUGCUCUCCUCAGAAUUAAUCAGUAUUCUUUAGACUAGUCGUUAGCUUUCGAAAAUCUCACUUCCGUUCCGCCGACUCGAAAAAUAAAAGACAAGUAGGUGAGUCGAGCAGUAUUUUUGUAAAAAAAAAAAUGUGUCGGGAUGAAAAGGGUCCCGGAAAAAAUACCAAAUCGUGAGAAAUUGAAAAAUCACUCACAUAAUGCUCUUACAUAUUUCUUCAUCAAAUAAUAUACCUAAUUUUUCGUCAGACAACUGCAUAACAGUUUGUGAAAAGGUUUCAAUUUGCUAUUAUCAGUAGAGCAAGUAACAAAUGGAAUCAUUAGACAUUUUUACGAUACGUCCGGGUUCUGUCUCUAGAAACACUCAGUACA